AUGCUGAGGAUGCGGACCAUGGGAUGGGCGCGCGCCUGGUGUCUGGGCUGCUGUCUCCUCUUGCCGCUUUCGCUCAGCCUAGCGGCCGCCAAGCAACUCCUCCGGUACCGACUGGCCGAGGAGGGCCCAGCAGACGUCCGCAUCGGCAACGUCGCCUCGGACUUGGGCAUCGUGACCGGCUCCGGUGAGGUGACUUUCAGCCUCGAGUCGGGCUCAGAGUACCUGAAGAUCGACAAUCUCACCGGCGAGCUGAGUACGAGCGAGAGGCGCAUCGACCGCGAGAAACUGCCCCAGUGUCAGAUGAUCUUCGACGAGAACGAGUGCUUCUUGGACUUCGAGGUGUCGGUGAUCGGGCCCUCGCAGAGCUGGGUGGACCUGUUCGAGGGUCGGGUCAUCGUGCUCGACAUCAACGACAACACGCCCACCUUCCCGUCACCCGUGCUCACGCUCACGGUGGAGGAGAACCGGCCGGUGGGCACUCUCUACCUGCUGCCCACCGCCACCGACCGCGACUUCGGCCGCAAUGGCAUUGAGCGCUACGAGCUGCUACAGGAGCCCGGGGGCGGCGGCGGCGGCGGCGGCGGCGAGGGCCGGCGCGCCGGGCCUGCCGACAGCGCCCCCUACCCCGGGGGCGGCGGGAACGGCGGGAGCGGCGGCGGCCCCGGGGGUUCCAAGAGGAGGCUGGACGCGCCAGAAGGCGGCGGCGGGACCAGCCCCGGCGGACGCAGCAGCGUGUUCGAACUGCAGGUGGCCGACACCCCGGAUGGCGAAAAGCAGCCGCAAUUGAUCGUGAAGGGGGCGCUGGACCGCGAACAGCGCGACUCCUACGAGCUGACCCUGAGGGUGCGCGACGGUGGCGAUCCGCCUCGCUCCUCUCAGGCCAUCCUGCGGGUGCUCAUCACCGACGUGAACGACAACAGCCCCCGCUUCGAGAAGAGCGUGUAUGAGGCUGACCUGGCCGAGAACAGCGCCCCGGGGACCCCCAUCCUUCAGCUGCGUGCCGCCGACCUGGACGUGGGGGUCAACGGGCAGAUUGAGUACGUGUUCGGGGCUGCUACCGAGUCCGUGCGGCGGCUGCUGCGCCUAGACGAGACGUCCGGCUGGCUCAGUGUCCUGCACCGUAUAGACCGCGAGGAAGUGAACCAGCUGCGCUUCACGGUCAUGGCCCGAGAUCGCGGGCAGCCUCCCAAGACAGACAAAGCCACGGUGGUCCUUAAUAUCAAGGACGAGAACGACAAUGUGCCGUCCAUUGAAAUCCGCAAGAUCGGGCGUAUCCCACUGAAGGAUGGGGUGGCCAACGUGGCCGAGGACGUUCUGGUGGACACCCCCAUCGCCCUGGUGCAGGUGUCUGACCGAGACCAAGGCGAGAAUGGAGUGGUCACCUGCACCGUGGUGGGCGACGUGCCUUUCCAGCUCAAGCCGGCCAGUGACACAGAGGGCGACCAGAACAAGAAAAAGUACUUCCUGCACACCUCGGCCCCUUUGGACUAUGAGACCACGAGGGAGUUCAACGUGGUCAUAGUAGCGGUGGACUCCGGCAGCCCCAGUCUCUCCAGCAACAACUCCCUGAUUGUCAAGGUGGGAGACACCAACGACAACCCGCCUGUCUUUGGCCAGUCAGUGGUGGAGGUGUACUUUCCUGAGAACAACAUCCCCGGAGAGAGGGUAGCCACGGUGCUGGCUACAGACGCGGACAGUGGGAAAAACGCUGAAAUCGCCUACUCGCUGGACUCUUCCGUGAUGGGGAUCUUUGCCAUCGAUCCCGAUUCUGGGGACAUUCUCGUCAAUACUGUGCUGGACCGCGAGCAGACUGACAGGUACGAGUUUAAAGUUAACGCCAGAGACAAAGGCAUCCCCGUGCUACAGGGCAGCACCACAGUGAUUGUUCAGGUGGCUGACAAGAAUGACAAUGACCCUAAGUUCAUGCAGGACGUCUUUACCUUUUAUGUGAAAGAAAAUUUACAGCCCAACAGCCCCGUGGGAAUGGUCACAGUGAUGGAUGCUGACAAGGGGCGCAAUGCAGAGAUGAGCCUAUACAUAGAGGAGAACAGUAACAUUUUUUCCAUUGAAAAUGACACGGGGACUAUUUACUCCACGAUGUCUUUUGACAGAGAACAUCAGACCACAUACACUUUCAGAGUCAAAGCUGUGGAUGGGGGAGAUCCUCCCAGAUCUGCAACAGCCACGGUCUCUCUCUUUGUGAUGGAUGAGAAUGACAAUGCUCCCACUGUCACCCUUCCCAGAAAUAUUUCCUACACUUUACUGCCACCUUCAAGUAACGUCAGGACAGUAGUAGCUACAGUGUUGGCAACAGACAGUGAUGAUGGCAUCAAUGCAGACCUUAACUACAGCAUUGUGGGAGGGAAUCCCUUCAAGCUGUUUGAGAUUGAUUCCACCAGUGGUGUGGUUUCCUUAGUGGGAAAACUCACCCAAAAGCAUUAUGGCUUGCACAGGUUGGUGGUGCAAGUGAAUGACAGUGGGCAGCCUUCCCAGUCUACCACGACUCUGGUGCAUGUGUUUGUCAAUGAAAGUGUUUCUAAUGCAACUGUGAUUGACUCUCAAAUAGCCAGAAGCUUGCACACCCCACUCACCCAGGAUAUAGCUGGUGACCCAAGCUAUGAAAUUAGCAAACAGAGACUCAGUAUUGUCAUUGGGGUGGUUGCUGGAAUUAUGACUGUGAUUCUAAUCAUCUUAAUUGUAGUGAUGGCAAGAUAUUGCCGGUCCAAAAAUAAAAAUGGCUAUGAAGCUGGCAAAAAAGAUCAUGAAGACUUUUUUACACCCCAACAGCAUGACAAAUCUAAAAAACCUAAAAAGGACAAGAAAAACAAAAAAUCUAAGCAGCCACUCUACAGCAGCAUUGUCACUGUAGAAGCUUCUAAACCAAAUGGACAGAGAUAUGAUAGUGUCAAUGAGAAGCUGUCAGACAGCCCAAGCAUGGGCCGAUACCGGUCAGUUAAUGGUGGGCCUGGCAGUCCUGACCUGGCCAGGCAUUACAAAUCUAGUUCCCCCUUGCCUACUGUCCAGCUUCACCCCCAAUCACCAACUGCAGGAAAAAAACACCAGGCCGUACAAGAUCUACCACCAGCUAAUACGUUUGUGGGAGCAGGAGACAACAUUUCAAUUGGAUCAGAUCACUGCUCUGAGUACAGCUGUCAAACCAAUAACAAAUACAGCAAACAGCCAUUUCGUAGAGUGACGUUUUCUGUUGUGAGUCAGCCUCAGGACCCACAUCAGGGGUCACUGCAGAGUUGCUAUGACAGCGGGCUGGAGGAGUCAGAAACACCAAGCAGUAAGAGUUCAUCAGGGCCAAGACUGGGUGCCCUUCCACUCCCAGAGGACAACUAUGAAAGGACCACGCCGGAUGGCAGUGUUGGUGAGGCAGAGCAUAUGGAAAAUGAUUCAAGACCUCUUCCAGAUGUAGCCCUGACUGGGAAGUGUACCCGUGAGUGUGAUGAGUAUGGCCAUUCCGACUCCUGCUGGAUGCCUGUCCGCACUUCUCCAGAGAGGAAGAAGAGCCAGCCCAAACUCUCCACUUUCAUGCCUGUUGAUGAACGAGGAAGCCAGGAAAAACUGGCUAAUGGUGAGGCCGCCAUCAUGGGUGACCGCAACAGAAACCUCCUGAACAAAAAGUUGACCUCAUCCUAUGAGACCUUCAGUGCGGCUAGUUUCAGCAAAAAUGAGGAUGCCAACACUGAGGAUAUUCCCCUUACAAAAACGGGGGAAUACAAGCCAUCUCCUGUCAAUACUCUCACUAGAAGAGAAGUUUACCUGUAG